AUGUCUUCAGAGACGGGAUGGAAUGUUUUCGAGGAAACGCUUUCCGUGGAUGACGUGAGAAGUAACUGCUACUUGGCAAGGUAUGCCAUGCGAAACAGGACAAAAGAUCUGUCCGGCCGUCAGCCGCAAAGAACUAAAGGAGGAUCGCUGAGUGAGGGAUGGACGGAAAAUACUCAGAAACAGAAGUUGUUCUGGCAUCAUCGGUCGGUCGACUGUCACCGUCCGCGUGCCAUUGCCGUGAGUCACGGAGGUGGUGGGCGGGAGUACACACCAUGGCGAGCACCGCGUGCAUGCAAGCAGAUUCAGAGGCGGCAGAGUCUUCCGUUGUUAGCCGCCGAUUCGCGCCAGUUCGUAUGUUUGCUGCCGAUCUCUACCUCACCCAUGUGUUCGACGAAGACGACGGCGAUGAAGAUCGACAGCCACUGGGGGCCUGAGGAAACGAUAGCGCGGCAGCGGCGUGCGUCUACGAUCAGUCUCCUCGUCGUCGUCGUCGUCGGUCAAUCUGCGGGUCGGCGGCAAGCCGGCCAGCUAAAUUCGUUCCUGCUCCUCGUCGUCCUCGUCUAG